CAUGUACCAAAUCAGCAUUACCGACUUUGCAUUCUGAUUCGCAUUGACACGCUCUGCCGUGCCUAGCUCUCUUUGGUCAGAAGGGCUUAUGCCUAUUCAACCGAGUUCAUUCUCAUGAGAGUCUCCGUCAGAACGCCGUGACACAGCUUUCGUCUCAAGCUGAAGCAGCGAACUGGCAUCAUUUAUAAGUCCCUACUCCGUUGAAUUCCACAUUGAUUCGCCCGUCUGUUCUCUACCACGAUGUCGUUACUCUACGAUGGACUAUUCUACAAUGUUUCUGUAACGAAAGUGUUCGUUUUCUGCGCUAUCCUACUGUUGGCUCUCCGUCUUGGACGCUUUGGCAAGCGUAGGUCUCAGCUUCCUCUGCCACCAGGUCCAAGAGGCCACUGGCUUUUUGGAAAUGAGUUUCCCAGACCUCAUGCUCCGAGAGUCUAUGCUCAAUGGGCUAAAGAAUACGGACCAUUGAUAACGCUUCGAAAGGGAGGGAGGGUCUACAUCAUUAUCUGCGGACAGCAGGCUGCAAUUGAUAUCAUGGAAAAGGAAAAUGCAUACCUUGUUGACCGACCGCGUGUCAUCGCCGCGGGGGAAGUAAUGUCAGGGGACAAGAGAAUUCUCCUAGUCCGCCAUGGAGAGAGGUUUCGUAAAUUACGGAAAGCACUGCAAUCACAAAUGCACCUCAAAGUUGUUGAAGCGUACGAGCCGAUACAAGCCCGAAACGCAAGGAAUGUUAUUCUUGACAUAUUGGAAAAGCCAGAUCGUCACAUUGAACAUACGAAAAGAUACGCAGCGAGUUUUAUCAUGACUUUAGCAUACGGAAAACAAACACCCACUUCCUACUCCGAUCCAGAGGUUCAGGAAGUCAACAAAUGCCUCUUCCGGCUUGGCAGGGCAAUGACUCCAGGCUUUUACCUUGUCGACGCGUAUCCUUUCUUACGUUUCAUUCCUGGGUUCCUUAGCGAACCAAAAAGAUUCCAUCAAGAAGAACUUGCUUUGUUCCGAUCGCAACUCGACAGCGUACGAGAACGCAUGCGACGAAACGAGGCCCAGCCUUGUUUUGCAAAAUAUCUUAUUGAAAGGCAAGGUGAGCUUGAAUUGAGCGACGAUGAGCUAGCGUAUCUUGCCGGGUCAAUGUUUGGUGCCGGCUCGGAUACAACCGCAGCCGCUCUCAGUAUCGUUAUCAUGGCCGCUGCUUUGUUCCCAGAUAUGCAACGUCAUGUUCAAGAACAGCUCGAUGCUGUGGUCGGGCGAGAAAGAAUGCCUUCAUUCGGCGAUAUGGAUGCCUUAACUGCCGUCACCGCAUUCUAUCUGGAGACAUACCGAUGGCGCCCCGUUAGCGUCGGUGGUUUCCCGCACCGGGCAACUAAGGAUAUCGUCUACGGACAGUACUGCAUCCCAGAAGGUGCGACGGUUGUUGGGAACCAUUGGGGAAUCGGAAAAGACCCGGAAUUUUAUCCAGAGCCGGAGUCGUUUAUACCAUCUCGAUGGAUAACCGAAACGGGCGAGAUAAACGAGAAGAUAAAAUACUUCAACUUUGGAUUUGGACGCCGUGUUUGUCCUGGACAACAUGUUGCUAACCGUUCUGUCUUCAUCAAUACAGCGUUUCUUCUGUGGGCCUUCAAUAUUUCGCAAGACCCGUCUUCACCUAUCGAUAGCCUCGCAUUCACGGAUACGGCGAACACACAUCCGUUACCUUUUCGUGUCAAGUUUGAACCUCGCAUUCCCAACUUGAGGGAAAUUGUAGAAAACGCUGCGAAAGAAGCCUGAAAAGCGAUUGAUUGAAAUGCAACGGAAUUCACAACCAGUCGGGAGUUAGGAUGUUAUUACUUGAUGAUUGACCUAUGAUAAUAUGACAUUUGUUAGUAUACUGAGUAGUC